AUUUUACGUGACGUGUUUCCACUUUCUGCUUUGCUGUGCAUCAAGCUCACUUAGCAAAACAUUUAUUGAUUACUAAAUGUAUUUGGCGUUUUGUCGGGUGAGGUUAAUGUCACAGAUAAGUAGCUUUACAUGGCUACGGAGAGAUGUGUGUACCAACUAACCGUACUUACGGGGGACUUAUGAGCUACAUCUCAAGUUAAUCCCUCAUUUCUAGCUAAAGUUAUCUAACUCGCAGCCUGCUACUGCCGUAACAACAGCGUUGUUUGAGUGUUUUAAGACGUGCAGGCACCAUGGCCAAUCUGGAGCAGUGGGUGAAUGACCGCCUCCAUGACAUCCUCGGGUUGAGUGACAAAUACGUAUCUCAGUUCAUGAUUGGCACUGCACGGAAAGCGUCAAGUCUUCAAGACUUCGUGAGCCGUCUUGAGCAGAUGGGCACGAUUGACAUUGAACAGAAUGUGAUUGCCUUUGCUCAAGAGUUGUUUGAUAAGAUUCCUCGCAAGCAGGUUGUUGAGAAACCAUCUCGGGUGAUAGAACGGCAAGCCAUUGAAAUGGAGAGGAAGAAUCAGACAUACACGUUACUAGAGGACAGCGACAGCGAUGGAGAUGCAGUGAGGGAGAAGCAGAAAGGGAAAAAGAAAAGCAAGGACAGAGGAAACAAGAGGAAGCACAUCAGACAAAAGAAAAAGAGCGAGUCUUCUAGUGAGGAUGAAGUACCUAAGAGGGCUGAUUUGGGCCAGCCUGUCAAGAAGGAAGAGGAGGAAGAGGAAGAGUGGGAGAAUGAAGAGAGAGAGCGAUUACAGGACAUUGAAGAGAGAGAUGCAUUUGCAGAGCGAGUGAGGCAAAAGGACAAAGACAAGACUCGCAACAUAGCAGAGAGGACUGACAAAAAGGCUUAUGAGGAAGCUCAGAAGAGGCUGAAGAUGGCUGAAGAUGAUCAGAAGAAUAUGAAGAGAGAGGCAGAGAAGCUGGAAGACCUGGAGGCAGAGAUCAUUGAUGAGGAGUACCUUUUCUCUACAGAUGAGCUGUCUGAGAGGGAGAAGAAGGAGCUGGAAUACAAACACACCCUUUGGGACCUGGCUAAAGAUUACAAAAAGGCUGGUGCCAAGGAACAUGAGGAGAGGAAGAACAGGUACUAUAUGCCAGAGGAAAAGAGAAGCAAGGAGGUGCCUCAGAGAGACCUGGAGCUAGAGGAAACACCCAUGGAGCUGGGAGGAGAGCAAGGCCGCUGGGAGGAGGAGAGACUGAAGACGGCCUCACUUAGCUUCGGGGCCAAGAAGGAGCGAGAACAAGGGAUGAGGCAGGAGCUGGAGAAAUACCAGCUCAUCCUGGAGGAGGAUGAGAUGAUUGACUUUGUCAGCACUGCCAUUACCAUGAAGGGAACCCGGACAGAAAAGGAUCAGGAGACCCCAGCUCUGUCGCAGGCAGAGCUGAAGAAGCAGUCCAUGCUGGAGGUCCGACGCAGUCUGCCCAUCUUCCCUUACAGAGACGACCUGCUAGCUGCCAUCCAUGAGCACCAGAUACUCAUCAUUGAGGGGGAGACAGGCUCUGGAAAGACCACUCAGAUCCCACAGUAUCUCCUGGAAGAUGGCUACACUGAAGCAGGCAUGAAGAUUGGAUGUACGCAGCCUCGCAGAGUGGCCAUGUCAGUGGCAGCCAGAGUAGCAGAGGAAAUGAGUGUGAAGCUUGGUAAUGAGGUGGGUUAUAGUAUUCGUUUUGAGGACUGCACAUCAGAGAGAACAGUGCUCAAGUACAUGACAGAUGGCAUGUUGCUCCGAGAGUUUCUCACUGAGCCUGACCUGGCCAGCUACAGUGUGAUAAUCAUAGAUGAGGCCCACGAGCGAACUCUCCACACGGACAUCCUGUUUGGUCUGAUUAAGGACAUCGCCAGGUUCAGACCAGACCUGAAGGUUCUGGUGGCCAGCGCCACUCUGGAUACUGAGCACUUCUCCCGGUUCUUCGACGACGCACCUGUCUUCAGGAUCCCUGGCAGGAGGUUCCCUGUCGACAUCUUCUACACCAAAGCUCCAGAGGCAGACUACCUCGAAGCAUGUGUGGUGUCAGUCCUGCAGAUUCAUGUCACCCAGUCACCAGGAGACAUCCUGGUCUUCCUCACUGGCCAGGAGGAGAUCGAAGCAUGUUGCGAGCUGCUCCAGGAGAGAUGCAGGCGGCUUGGAUCUAAAAUAGCAGAGCUGUUGGUUCUUCCUAUAUACGCCAAUCUGCCCUCUGACAUGCAGGCAAAGAUCUUCAACCCCACUCCACCUGGGGCUCGUAAGGUGGUUGUGGCUACUAAUAUAGCAGAAACAUCACUGACCAUAGAUGGCAUCAUCUACGUCAUUGACCCAGGCUUCUGCAAACAGAAGAGUUACAACGCCCGCACUGGGAUGGAGUCACUCAUAGUCACUCCCUGCUCACGGGCUUCAGCUAACCAGAGAGCAGGCCGUGCAGGCAGAGUGGCUGCUGGGAAAUGUUUCAGGCUUUACACAGCCUGGGCCUUUCAACAUGAAAUGGAGGAAACGACUGUCCCUGAGAUUCAGAGAACCAACUUGGGAAAUGUCGUCCUGCUGCUAAAGAGUCUAGGCAUCAAUGACCUCAUUCACUUUGACUUCAUGGACCCACCUCCUCAUGAGACUCUGGUCCUGGCGCUGGAGCAGCUCUAUGCCCUGGGAGCACUCAACCAUCUAGGAGAGCUCACCAAGCUUGGUCGCAGGAUGGCCGAGCUACCAGUGGACCCCAUGCUGAGCAAGAUGAUCCUGGCCUCAGAACAGUACAAGUGCUCAGAGGAAGUGUUGACGAUAGCAGCCAUGCUGUCGGUAAACAACUCCAUUUUCUACCGGCCCAAAGACAAGGUGGUGCACGCUGAUAACACAAGGAUGAACUUUGUGGUGCCAGGGGGAGACCACCUGGUGCUGCUCAACGUCUACACACAGUGGCUGGAGAGCGGCUACUCCACACAGUGGUGCUAUGAGAAUUUCAUCCAGUUCCGCUCCAUGAGAAGAGCCCGGGACGUCAGAGAGCAGCUGGAGGGUCUGAUGGAACGCAUAGAGGUGGAGGUGGUCAGCUGCCAGGGAGACAGUGUGCCCAUCCGCAAGGCAGUGACAGCAGGAUAUUUCUAUCACACAGCACGACUGAGCAAAGGUGGCUACAAGACAGUGAAGCACCAGCAGACGGUCUACGUCCACCCCAACAGCUCUCUGUUCGAGGAGCAGCCCCGCUGGCUCAUCUACCACGAGCUGGUCUUCACCACCAAAGAGUUCAUGAGACAGGUGAUUGAGAUAGAGAGCAGCUGGCUGCUUGAAGUGGCUCCUCACUACUACAAGAGCAAAGAGCUGGAGGACAGCAGCAACAAGAAGAUGCCCCGCAAGCAGGGCAAAACAAAAGAGGAGCUGGGCUGAUGUGGCGAUAAAGGCUCAUGGGACCAGUGGCACAAAAAAAAAAAGAAAGCACAGGGGUAUGCUCCCUGUCCUCUGUCUGGGUAACCGUUAGGAAAAGGUUUUUCAAAUGCAUAAAAAUAAA